GUGCUUUUCACCCAUCCUGUCCUCAAACAUUUCUCUCUGAGCCUGUGAGACUGGGAUACAUCGACCGUUAACAUGAACGUCUCGGGGAUCCACCAUGGGAUGCUCAGGAUGUAUGGUGGAUUUAUUUUCAAACAGUGGAAGAAGAGGUUUCUGUUCCUAACAGCUGAGGGCAGUCUCCUUGUGUGCCAUGAUGCAUCAUCUCCCCCUGACCAGCUUGUACUAUUGCAGAGCAGUUGUGAGGCAAUUGUGGAAGGCAAGGAGAUACUAGAUCUGCCUAAGUUACCCUCUGGUGGAUGCAGGGAUUGCUGCUUUGCUCUGAUCCUCCCUCAGAAUAAAUACCUGCUGCUGCUGGCUGAAACUCCUGCAGACUGCAGUCAAUGGCUGAAUAUGCUGAGAAAAGUGAAAAAGAGUCUCUCAUCACCUCUCAAUCCUUGUAAGCGACAUUAUGUGCCACCACCACGCAUUACUCUCCAAGAUCUGGUGCCUGAGCAAAUCCUGGACAAAGAUCCACCAACUCCACCAGUCAGCGACACAGAGGCAUCCUCCCCCGGACCCAUGACCUGUGCUUCCCCAAGGGAGAAAGGCAGGAAUUCUCCACGUUCAAAGUAUUACAAAGGAGGUGCACAUUCAGUAGGGUGUCUGCGUCAUGGCACUAUCAGUAAUGCCCAAGCAGUGAGGGCGGUUUAUCUGCUGAUGGGAGGGGCUGCUGCUUCCUCUGCAAUGGGUUACCUCGGUGCAUGCUCGCUCUCUAAUCUGGAAGCCAAAGCUCCUGACCUGCCACUUGACACAGAUUUCUCUGGCAUGGGACCAGCAGGAGCGUACCACACCGGUGGCCCCGCACUCGACUCCCCUCACUUUAACAGCUUUGACUUUGAAGUGGCAGACUCUGAUUUUGAUGCUUUUGAUUGUGGUGGAUUUACUUUUUAAUUAUGUGCUGCUUGGAAGCUAUGAUCAGCUUUAAUGAUGCUGAAAACUUACUUCAUUUUCAUCAUGAUUUGUCAAAAUAACAGAAUUAUAUGAAGGCCUCCAAAUCAAGAUGCUUUUUGAGGAAAAAAAGUUGUUCAGUCAAUUCAGUCAAUACUUCAAAUCUGCAAUAAUUGAUUCUUUGGCCCUGGGAGGCAGCGGAACACAACAUUGACAUAUAUCCUCACCUUUUAAGCUGACAUAGCAAGCUUGGGUCGCGCUUUAUUUUACUGUACACUAAUAAGACGUAAUAAGCCGUACUUUGUAUUAAAUUAGACAGAAACUAGAAAUAAUAUGUUCUUUAUUAACAGUAAACAAACACAGUUAUACCCUAAUUAGACACCAUACACCUAAAUUAUGCUGUAAUUAGAAACCGCAUAUAAUGUUGUAUUAGACCCAAAAGAUACUAAACUUAGACACUAUUGUACCAAAAUAUACUAUAAUUAAAAACCAAAUAGACAACGCAUCCCCCUGCAUUGUUUUAAUGCAGGGCUGUUUUUGGUCUGAAUCCCUGCUAAGGGUGUGACAUAUUCAAUACUUGAGAACAUUUCUUUUAAAUUACAUAUUAAUAUUUUGUAACAUUUGAUUACAUUUGACGCUACAGUGUGACCACCAGUAUAACUUUUUAGUAACAAGGCAAAGUAAAAAGUUGAAUUCUUUAGUAUAUACUGUAACACCUAUGUUGUGAUAUGGACACUGUGAUAAUUAUGUGCUUAUUGCCCACCCCUUGUAUGUGCAUUAUCAACACUAUCAGUGAUUGUGAAUGUGAUAAGAAUUUGUGAGAAUGCAUAAUAUGCUAUGUGUUUUAAACUGACACAAGUCAUGAAUGGAACAUAUAUGUUAACUAUGCCAUGGGUACUGUAUAUAGAGAUUUGCAACAUGACACACUUGUGUACCAUUUCUACAUAAUGUUGUAGGAGCAUUAUGCUUAUUUUAUAACCUUGAAUGGAUUAAAAUAGAUCUGCAUCAGAUUUUUCAUUUAGUUACAGUUACGACCUUUGACUGUGGAGAAAUUAGCUUGCUAUAGCACUCUGCAUCAUCUCAGCAUCAUCAACUUGUGUGCAUGUACUGUGUUUCUUUCAAAUAUCCAGCUGAUACUGAUCUUUAUACCUAUGUUAGGUUAAAAGCAAAUGUAUUUUAUGUCUAUUUGAGCCCAUUUAACUAAAUAAUAAUAAUAAAACUGAAGUGAAAAUC